AUGUCAUCGGUCAGGUCUCGAAGGAGGCGUCGCCUUGAAUCUGACAAUGAGACUGACGAGGACAAUGCCAACACGCCCGAGCCCCCGAAGCGACCCCGACGAUCGACGCUCCUGCCGCAAUAUGAAGUCAACGGUGGCCCAAGCCGUACGAAUGGCGCGUUGCAGUCCGUCAAUAUGGAUGAUUUUCAGCCUGGCUCUAUUGUGCGUGUCGCUGUACAAAACUUUGUAACGUAUGAGAAGGCAGAGUUCUUCCCUGGCCCGUACUUGAACAUGGUCAUUGGUCCCAACGGUACUGGCAAGAGCUCGCUCGUCUGCGCCAUCUGUCUGGGACUGGGCUACAGUCCAAAGCAUCUGGGCCGUGCCGGCUCGAUCAAGGAAUUUGUCAAGCACGGCAGAGAAAAGGCAACUAUCGAAAUUGAGCUGCAAAGGAAGCCAACCGACCGCCACAACUACGUUGUCAAAGUCCAGAUUCGUCGAGAUCAGAACACUCAAAAAUGGUGGUUGAACGGCAAGGAGACCACGCACAAGAAGAUUCAGGAUCUUAUCAAGUCCCUAAAGAUUCAAGUCGACAACCUCUGCCAGUUCCUGCCUCAGGAGCGAGUGGUCGAAUUUGCUGCUUCGACGCCCGUGGAACUGCUCCACGAGACGAUUCGCGCAGCGGCUCCGGAAGAAAUGCUUCUCUGGCAAAGCAAGCUUCGAGAAAUUUUCAAAGAAAAGAAGGAUCUUACGGAGAACAGUCAACAUGACGUAGCCAUACUCGAAAAUCUAGAGGCCCGCCAAGAGGGGUUGCAAGCUGAUGUUGACCGAUUUCGAGAACGUGAAGAGAUUCAAAAACGGCUAGAAGACUUGAAAAUUGUAAAAGUCUUGGCCAAAUAUCAAGAAGCGCGGAAACGUUGGCAGGAGGCCAAAGAGCGCAAGAAGAAGGCCCAGCAGUCUUUGGAGCGACUUGAAACUGAGAGCGGACCAUCGCUGCAGGCUGUGAACAGAAAAGAGGCGUAUCUAGACAAGGUCACGUCUGCUUUGCACGCCAAGGCAAGGGCUCUCGACCGAUGUCACGACAUUUCGGAUUCCCUUGAACAACAAAUCAAAGACGCACAGGUUGCGAUGGAUGUCUUUGAUAGCAAGAUGACUGUUGAGCGGAAACAGUUUGACACAAGAAAAAAGGAGGUUUCUGCUGCGCGAGCCAGACUAACAUCGUUGCAAGCCGAUCUGAACAAUCGCCCAGGCGAGUUUAACGCAAGCGAGUGGAACCGGAAGAUCCGCGCCGAGGAGCACAACCUACGCGACCUGGAAACCAUGGACCGCGAAGUCGGGUUAGAAUUGAACAAUCUGAAAGAUCAGGGGCGGGUUCCGAGAGAACGGAUGCGCACUUUGGAAUCCUCGCUGAAGUUAUUCGACACGCAACAAGGCCAACAAUUGAGCAUGCUGAAGAAGGCAUUUCCUGAAGUGGCGCGAGGCUGGGAAUGGAUACAAGAGCACAUGAGCGGAUUUGAAAAAGAGGUGUUUGGCCCGCCAAUGAUAAGCUGCUCAAUUAAAGAUGAACGUUUCUCAUCCCAGGUCCAGUCUCUACUACAGAUGGACGACUUUCUAUGUUUCACGGCCCAGACGCGCAACGACUUCAAGAAAUUGACCGAUCAGCUUUAUCGUGUCAUGAGUCUCUCGGUUGUCAUACGUACCAACGUUCACUCUCUGGAUACCUUUCAGCCCCCCAUAUCGCGGCAGGACGCCGUCGACCUUGGUCUUGACGGUUUCGCUAUCGAUUAUCUGGAAGGACCCGACCCCGUGCUUGCAAUGCUUUGUUCAGAAAAGAAACUUCAUCAGUCAGGUAUCGCUCUCGAGGAACACGACAAUGCACAAUACAACAGGCUAGCAAAUAGUGGUAGCGUCUCCCAAUGGGCGGCUGGCAGGCACCUGUUUACCCUUCGUCGGCGCAAAGAAUACGGCGGCAAGGCGAUGACCGCUAUCAGCAAGUAUAUUAAUCCCGGACGAUUCUGGACCUCACAAACUGUCGAUACGCAAGAAAAGACGGAAUUGACUCGUCAACUCGGAGAGGCAGAGGCGGAAUUUCAGGCACUCAAGGCUCGAAAUGCUGACCUAGUUCAGCAACGGGCGGCUCUCUCAGGGAAGAAAGAGGCCAUCAACGCCAAAAUUGUGCAGGCCGAGGAGCGCCGAAGAGAGGAGAGUACACAGAUGAUGGAGGUGAUUCGAAAUCGCAUGUAUGCGGCUCAAUAUGACUUGGACAAACUUGUCAUGGCCAAGUGCAACGCUGCGAUGCGCCACGCGGCUUCUCUGGAGGACAUGAGGGAGGCUCAUCGGGAGUAUGUCGAGACCAAGAUUCGCUCUAUCGAAGCCAUGUCCGACGUCAAUGGUCUCAAAAAGCAUAAUUCUGAAAUUGUCAAACGACUCGAGGCCGAGAAGGCAAAACUGGAAGAGGUUACCCAGGUCGCCGAGCAAGCACGCGCCAUUGGUAAACAGAUGUCCAAGAUGACACAGGACCUGCUCCUGGAGAACGCGGACCGCCGCUCAUACCUCCAGGAUCUGGCCGAGGGCAAGACGGAGCGUGACGUUGAGAUAGAGAUUGAGGCGGAAAGGGCACAACUCGAGCUAAUACACACGUCCAACCCUGACAUUCUGCAGGAGUUUGAGAGGCGCGCGCAGGACAUUGAGCGGCUCCGACGCAAGGUGGAAGGCGUCAAUGCAAAGGUGGCGGAGAUGGCAGCUGCUCAAGACUCGCUCAUGGCCAAGUUUGAGCCCAAGCUGGAUGAGCUGAUUGCUCAGAUAAACAGCGCGUUUGCGUACAACUUUGAACAAAUCAGCUGCUCGGGCGAAGUGCGCGUCCACAAGGACGAGGACUUUGAGCAGUGGGCUUUGAAUAUCAUGGUUCGCUUUCGCGAAAGCGAAACCCUCCAGCAGCUCACAGCACACCGGCAGUCUGGCGGCGAGCGGGCCGUGUCGACCAUCUUCUUCCUCAUGGCGCUGCAGUCGCUGGCGCAGUCGCCCUUUCGCGUCGUUGACGAGAUCAAUCAGGGCAUGGACCCGCGCAACGAACGCAUGAUGCACGAGCGCAUGGUGGAGAUUGCUUGCCGCGAGCACACGAGCCAGUACUUUCUCAUCACACCCAAGCUGCUUCCCGGUCUGCGCUACGACCCCAAGAUGCGUAUACUUUGCAUCGCAAGCGGCGAGUUUAUGCCCCGCGACGGCGGCAAGCUCGACUUUAAUCGGUGUCUGGCCGUCAUGCGCGGCAUGGCAGCGGCAGGGGCGUGA